GUUGUCAUGGUUACUAACUAACAAACUGCUCUGAGGAGGUAAUGAUCCGUUUUGCUAGCCGCUAAAAAUCUGAUUUCUAUCGAAAAAAUCGAGUAUUUUAUGCCUUUUUUCAGUCUCCUUUGAAUAACAUUGAUUAAAUGACUGUUGCUGGUAAAAACAAAAGGACAUAAAUAAAACACGACCUCUUUUUCCCUGGUAAGUGACAUUCUGUGUCAUGUUUUAAAGUUUUAAAUCAGAAAUCUUGUUAGCAGUACUAUAGCUGCUUACAGAGAACCAGUAAACAAAGUGUUUAUACCUUUUACCUCUGCAUUUCAAAGUAACCAGUGCCACAGUUACUUCCUAAAAAUGGCCAGUGUUUUAUUGUCUAUGUUAAGUAGACACAUUAACUCAACUUAGAGUUUUCCUUAUGAUUAUUAACUAAUCAUUCCAUAUUCCCCAUCAUUAAUAUGACAGCUGUUAGCAUCUUGUUAGUAACUUAAAGGUUAGUAUAGCCUUUUACUGUAACAUUUAAUAUCUCUGAAAUAUCAUAGGCAGCACUACAGGAGAAAACCUUGAACAAAGUAGUUAAAAUGGACUUCAUGAGAUGACUUUAUGAAGUUGUUUAUUCAUCACGUAAGCUUCAUAAUAAUGCAACCAUUUGUGGAGUAAAUUCAACCAAUGAAUUCUUGACUUUUGAGACAUUAAGUCAUACUGGUUUUACUACUACUUUUAUCUCAGGACGAUCAUAAAGCCAGUUGUAAACAUUGACAUGCCUUUCCAAUACCGCAGCAAUUAGUUGUAGUUAUACAAUAAUCUAUAUAAUCUCUAUAUCAAAUCUUAAUCUGCACUCAGCAGGAGUAACUGAAAACUGACUAGAAAAACAAUUUGUCAGCAUGUGUAUUUCACCUCAGGGUUUGAAGUAUCGCUAUAAAAAUAUUAUGUAUCAUCGCUGUCACUCUUUACCUUGAGCGAUCGGGUUACCUUAACUGAACCAGCACGAGGACAGGUCAUAUAAGGUAGACGGGGAGAGUUUAGAGAAGGAGAAAGAGAGGCAGGAAUAGAUAAGAUAAAAUGUGUAGGUAUGCAUACACUGCUAUUUAAAAUGAUUACGUCUUCAUCUUGACUGUCAGUAUUGAAAUAAUUUCUCUAUUUAAAGGGGAGAUGCAACAUGAUCUCACCUCAUUCCUUUAGUUUAAAAGUUACAUGAUGUCUUGUGAGCCCUUAAUCAUCUGAUAUGAGCGGUCUUAUCAGAAAAGGGAUGGUCAAGAUGACAAAAUGAAGAUGACAAAAUUACAGAUUUAGAUUUAAAAAUAUACAAAUACUGUUUCUUUUUCAGAAAUUACAUCAUUGUUUACAUGUUUGCACUCAAUGGACUUGUGCAUAUAUUUUACCACAUGCACAUCCUUGCAGUAUGAGCUAUCAAAGUAUUUAUUUACUGUAUGUUGGUCCUUUCUUGCAAAGACAAACAGAAAGUAGUUUUUAAAUGUGGUUCAAGAUUUAAACCUCAAUAUUUAAAAAUAAAGAUACUGGGAGAAUUAGGAGACAGUGAUUUUUAUUUCCACAUUGAGACUAGUGGAAGCAGCUGAGAAAAAGGUGCAGUAGUUUAGCCUGAACUAUAAUAAUUUCACUAAAAUCUGUACUAGUUUAAUAAUAUAGCUCAGAGUUUUCAAGAGGAAAAACAAGAUCCUAGAGUCCAAGUACAAAGAGUACACCAUGCACAAGGUUAUCCAGUGAUCUGAUCCCAAAAGAAUAAACCAGUUUAUGAGACAACACAUCAAAGAAGCUGUGUCAUUAACAGGCCCAUGCUGGAGAAGAUAAAUUAUCUUUUUUUUUCUCGCUGUGUUUUGGUCAGAGAUACACAAUGACUUAUCUUCACAGUGUGCAGGCUGUCUAACUGGCAAAACAUACAGAAGGCUAUAAAAAGAAGACUCCAAACAUAUCAGGCAUGAGGUUUCAAUAUAGACACACCUCCUCAGUUAGUAGUUAGGUCUUCCAUUGAGUGACCUUUGGGUGAGUUAUUUUGUGGUUGGUGUAGUAAUCCUGAAAAGGGGUGUAACUUAUACUCUUAAUUAAGUCUUCUUGCUUCACAUCAUCAUGAGGCAGUGAUGGAAAGUACAUUAACCACAUUCAAGGAAUGCAACAUUUGUUCAACCAAAGCUCCAAAACCAAAAGAGUCUCUUUGUACUCUCAUAGACAGUAAAGAAAAGCAAAAAAAACUCUAGAGUGUAAAUGCAAGAACCAUCAAGUUUAGGAUUUUGGCUUAAAAAAUGGACAAAUUAAUCAUUAGCUAUUUUUAACAGAGGAUUCAUUUCUCUUAGAUUACUCUGUUACCAGACUAAAUAUGGCAGCUCCCUAAAAAGCAGUCCUCAGUUCAGUUUUGAGGUAAAGAACAAGUUAAUUAUAUUUUUAUUCACACUUACGUUCGACUUACUGUAAGUUAAAUAAAUGAACACUUUUUACUCCUGUCACAGUAUCAAUCAAAUCAAAAUCAAAUCAAAUUUUAUUUAUAUAGCGCCAACAGUCGCCAUUCACAACAGUCGCCAUCCCAAGACGCUUUUUAAAGAACAAGAGCAGGUCUAGACCACGCUCAUUGUUUGAUAAAUUAUCAAGACCCCACCUAAGAUGAGAUUUGUCCCAUCUCAUCUAACACGAGUGACAGUGGCAAGGAAAAACUUCCUUUGAACAGGCAGAAACCUUGAGCAGGACAAGACCCAUGCCAGACAGCCACCGAGCCGCUGCUGGGUUAGGGAGGAAUACAGAGAGAUAAGGGGAGAGAGGGAGAGAAGUGGAGAGAGGGCAGGGGAAGAGAGGAGAACAAGACAGAGGGAAGAAGAGAGAGAAUAAGUAAGGGAGAGGGAGAGGGAGAGGGAGAGGGAGAGGGAGAGGGAGGGAGAGAGAGAGAGACAGGGGACAGCAGCAACAUUAAAACAACAGCAACAACAACAACAACAGCUCAUGUAAUGGAGAAACAAAAUGAAUUCAGUUUACAGAGUUAGGAAAUGAGUAAUUAUGGACUAUGUUAAACUAAUUCAAUGUGAUUACAGUCUGAUUACAGUAUCAAUGUUGUUUCACAAAGUGAAUCUCAUGUUUCAAGCAUCUGAAACUGCUAUCUAAAGUAUUUUUUUUUUUCUGUCCCCAGGUGCAAAGACAGGUUGAGGACCAAACUACUUUAUUCUCCUCAAAACAAGGUUUCUGUGGUCUGCAACUCUGUAAACAUGAGCCUCAAUAACUUCAAUGAAAGUUGGUCAGUUCUGUCCGGGGCUCAGAGAAGUGUCUCACCUGUUAUUUUUUAUGAUACCCAAAACAACAAAUCCAGUCAGAGGCCUAAACACGGCAUCUCUGAAGGGCGUGGCUGCUUCUCAAAGCAGGUGAUCCAAAAGCAGCUCCGCAAAGACUAUAUCGCAGCUGCGGAGGAAAAACUAACAAAGCAUCCUCUAAUGACAUACCCAUACUACAAAGAUCACAUGACUCCAGAGGUAGGUGGAAACAGCAAUUAUCUGUUCUUUUGAGGUGUAAUCUGCCUAUUCCUGAAGCCUGUAUUCUAAGAGAGCCAGAUGACUAAGUGAGGUGUUAGCUAAUCAUAAUACGUCAUAUGACUCUUAUUAAUAUAGUUCUUUUUGUUCUCAAGUUGUUUCAUAAGGUGGCAUCAAUUUUGGACCCAGACAUGUGCGUAAUUGACGCCUCUGGACUCUCUACGCCCACGGAGCACCAUGUGGCAGAGGAAAAAGACCAAAUUUGCAGAUAGCCAAGAAAAGCAGACAAGGGAAUAACUCCAACAGUAUGCAAGUAUGCAGACAGACUUAAUGGUAGUAUUGACACAAUUUAAGUUACUUAAAUACCAGACUGUUGAAAAUCACCAGAUGAAUGACCUUGUCUACAUUCCUGCAUCAUCUUAUUGCUGUUCUGACGUAGACAAGCAAAAUUCCAGAAAAUGAUCAAAAAUGAACAGAAAUGCUUCCAAGAAAAGCCAAACUGUUAUGAAAACUGAUAUGAAAAUUAAAAGAUCACAAGUGGUUUUUUUCUCUCCGGGAAGAGCCAGUUAAGAAAUCAAAGGCAUAAAGGACACAUAAAAGUUCAUGAUUUGUUGCAGUUGUUACAGAAGGACUAAUAUUAUGUCAUCAUAAAAAUAGAAAGAAGUUGUGCUUAAUCUUUGAAGGAGGAUUAGACAAAGUCACUGAAUCUGUAAGUGGCCUUUUUGGAUCAGCAUCUUUUCUUUUUGUCACGGCUGAGGUCACCAACAAGUCUCUCUUGCUUCAACAGACAGUCCAGACUCUUCAAUCAAAGUACAAGAGGAGUAAAAAAAUAGAAUAAUUCCUCAUGCUUAAGCUCACAAAUGCAAGGAAAAGAUCUGCAUCUAUGUAAAUAUCUGCAGGACACUGAAUCCCACAACACUGAAGAAAGCUGACACAGAUACAGGCAAGACCAAGGCAACCUACCCAAGAAACCUGUAUGUAGACCGUGUUUGAAACUAAGUGAUACAAUCAUGAUGACCAUCUGCUGUCUAACCUCAAGACAACUCAUGUCUUCUUUUCUCAAGUCAACAUGUGGAGCAGUUGGUUUGUUGACAGGAUGAGGAUUGGAAGCAGAUGUAUGUAAAUGUAGCAGUCAGAAGUUAUGUAAUCCACUAUGGACUGAAGGUUUUAAAGAGUAUGGGGGGAUCAAAACACCAGAGUGUGGGUCCACAGCCUUCGUAUACAGGGAGUGCUUUUCACAAUCGCACAGUAAAAACACGAUAAAUACGGAAGAAUAAAAGGCCAGUUUUCCCACAGCUACUCUAUGUCUCACUGAUAUUUUUGCAGCCAAAAACAGGAACAUGGGUGAUUCAGCUCUGUGUGUAAGAGGGGAGAGGUAACGUUUAUCGUCAUGUAAAUGACAUCUAAACGUGACUUAAACAGCUGACACAGAUAAGGAUGUUUCAGUAAUGUUAACGUCAUCUCUGUAUUGAGCAACUGCUUUGUGAGCUGGAUUAUUUCCAAUAAAUAAAGAGUCAUAUACCUUUUUUUAAAUUUUAUUUUGAAUAAAUUACAAAACUACACAUGAUCUUUGAUUUAUACAAAACAAGUCUCUACAAACUUCAUUUGAGGAGUCCAAUAGAUAAAAACAGAGGUUCCUGAAAAAAACAAAACAGAUCAGUUAGUAACAUUUUUUUAACUUAGUGGCAAAAAAGCAGCAUAAAUGUAUCCUGUUAACAUCUCCAACUUCAGCAGGUUUGGGGAAGUGCUAAAACUAGUGAAUUAUUAAAGUCAACCAAUUGAAACUACCAGUAUUUGACCUUUGUGUGAAUAUCAUUCAGAUUUGUCUCUCCGUUAACAAACAGCAUGAAGUUGUAAUAUAAAGAUGACAUCUUGAAGAAAAACCCACAAAGACCCAGUCUGUGUAAAUAUCAGACUGUAACUGAGAUCCCUCUUCAUGUAGGAUAUUUCAGCUGAAUGUAUUCUCAAACAAAAGUGUUAGACGUCUCUCUCUGUGACAGUAUGAGCUGUAUGUGCUGUAUGUGUGAACAGCUUACUGAUAAGAGGAGCCAGCCUCAGGUCUGUUGUAUUGUUCUCUGUCGGUCACUGGUGGCUGUUCGGGUCAGAGGUCAGGAGAGUGUGGACGGGUGACCUGCGGCCCAGUGAGAGGAACUGUAGGGAGGAACUGAACCUGCCUGCAGCUGCUGGAAUCGAAAUAGCAUAGCAUGGAGUCAUAAUGUAAAUGUCAGAUACACAAAUAUAGAGAUUGGCAAAGAUUCAGGAGUUGAUGUUGCUGAUUUUAUUUAAUUCUGCAGCUAAAAACUCAAAUUCCCUCAGUGGUUUAGGUUUCAACUCCAAUUUUCUUGAGUUAUGGUUCAUUUUCUUACUGUACACAGGCUACUAGCACUUUAACAAUUUCCUUUGAGAAUUUGCUGAAUUGAGUGAUCUGCAUGUUGAGCUUCACAUGUUUACGAUAAUUUCUUCAAAUUGCCUUCCCAACAGCUAAGAUCGCAAAAUAUAACUUUUAAUUAAAGAACACAAAGAUGAAAAGUAAGUCAUCUGAUUUGAGAGGCUGGAUGUUUCUUUCUUUGUGGUAUUUAAAUGAGCUUUUUUUAACACCUUGCCUGGGGACUGACAGCUGAAAAAAAUCUGUAGACUGAUUCUGGCAACUUUCAACUUUGUGUAUUUGUCAAAAUAAACAAUUGUUAUUAAAGAAACCUAACUAAAUAAA